ACUGCGUCUUCUCCUCCGGAAGUGUCCAGAGUCAAUACCUCCUCGCAAAAUAUUUCCUCUAGGUUUUCGAAGCUCCUUUUCUUGAUUGAAUCCUUCACUGUUUUCGUUUCUUUUUGCGUUUGAGGACUUCGAGAUGUCUGAAGGUGCAAUGUUGGAUCCAUCAUCUGGUCUUAGCGUGAAAAAUGGGAGAAAUGAAGUUCUUUCACUUCUUGAACAGUAUGAAAAGUAUCUUCGCUGCUAUAUUGAAGGGAGUAUGGAAGAGAGAAAAGCUAAUUACAUUGAUAUGGUCGACACAUAUUAUAAUCUUGUGAGCAGCUUCUAUGAGUAUGGCUGGGGAGAGUCUUUCCAUUUUGCAUCCAGAUGGAAAGCCGAGUCACUUCAAGAAAGCAAAAAGCGGCAUGAGCACUUUAUAGCUUUACAAUUAGGUCUGAAACAUGGACAGAAGGUUUUGGAUGUGGGCUGUGGUAUUGGUGGCCCACUAAGAGAAAUUGCUAGAUUCAGCUUAACAUCCAUUACAGGGUUGAACAUCAAUGAGUUCCAGAUUUCAAGAGGAACAGAGCUUAAUCGCAUUGCAGGCGUGGACAAUACUUGCAACUUUGUUAAGGUCAUAUCUGUUCUUUUGUUUUAUGCUGACUUCAUGAAAAUGCCAUUUCCUGACAAUACUUAUGAUGCAAUAUAUGCAAUCGAAGCUACUUGUCAUGCACCAGAUAUGCUUGGAUGUUUCAAAGAGAUUUACAGAGUGUUAAAGCCAGGUCAGUGUUUUGCUGCUUAUGAGUUGUGCUUGACUGAUUCUUUUGAUCCCAACAACCAAGAACACCAGAGAAUCAAGGAAGGAAUUGCAGUUGGUAAUGGCCUUGCAGACAUGUGGUCAACAAGACAAUGCCUUGAAGCACUCAGACUUGCAGGAUUUCAGAUUUUGUGGGAGAAAGAUCUUGCUCUGGAUUCACCUCUUCCUUGGUAUUUGCCUUUGGAUACGAGCCACCUUUCACUGAGUAGCGUCCGUUUAACAGCUCCGGCACGUUUCAUUACAAAUGUCAUGGUCAAGGCCUUAGAAUUUGUGGGCCUUGCUCCUAAAGGAAGCCAACAAAUUCAAUUCCUAUUGCAGAAAACUGGAGAAUGGGUCCUUCAAGGUGGCAGGAAAGAGAUCUGCACACCUCUGUACUUCUUCUUGGCACAGAAACCUCAUUCAGGCAGUCCAGAAUCUCGCAGUGCAGCAGGAGCUAUGUAAGUUGUGUACCAUUCUUGUCCCUGUAUCUGCAUUGCUUCAAGUCCCGAUAACCAGGAAAGCAA